CACAAGGGAAUCGACUCUGUUUCACACAACAACUACCGUCCACUUAACGCUUUAGAACAAUGCUUACAGGUUUGUUUUGUAUUGCUUUGGUUCUCCUUUCCAAGUGUGGUAACGCAUUCUCAAAGAAUCAUGAUUUGGAGGAGAAAUUCGAGGAGCAUUCCAUAACAAGUGAAAUUGUCGGUCUUUUAAACGGGACUUAUUUUAAUAUAAACGAGAAAGUGUGUCAGUUACAAAGGAGGGUUGAUGCUAUUGAAGGAGCAACUGAUGUAGACAAUCAGUGUGAAUGCAACAAAACGGCAAUUCUUGAAUUCAAACGAUCAAUAUCAAACAAAAUUAAAGACAUCUCAAAAGUUCUGUCCGGGUUUGAAAAUGAAAUUCGCGUUAUGAAGAAAGAACACGCCGAGUUAUUUGAGCGACUUGGAAGAGGAGACAGCGAAGCCAGCACAUCUACGACGACAACAACUACAACUACAGCCCCACCACGAGCCUGUGACAAUGGUUGGAUAUUAUCUCCGAAAAAGUGCUACUUUGUCUCUAGUAAUUUUCAAAAAACGGAAUGGACAAUUGCAAUUUUCAAAGUUCCAGACAAUUAA